AUGUCCACUAAGAAGCACACUAAGACACAUUCCACUUAUGCAUUCGAGAGCAACACAAACAGUGUUGCUGCCUCACAAAUGAGAAAUGCUUUAAACAAGUUAGCGGACUCUAGCAAACUUGAUGAUGCUGCUCGCGCUAGAUUUGAGAACGAACUGGAUUCGUUUUUCACGCUUUUCAGGAGAUAUUUGGUAGAGAAAUCCUCUAGAACUACUUUAGAAUGGGACAAGAUUAACUCUCCCAACCCAGAUGAAGUGGUCAAGUAUGAGAUUAUUUCUCAGCAGCCCGAAAAUGUCUCAAACCUUUCAAAAUUGGCUGUUUUGAAGUUGAACGGUGGGCUGGGUACCUCAAUGGGCUGUGUUGGCCCUAAAUCCGUUAUUGAAGUGAGGGAAGGAAACACCUUUUUGGACUUGUCUGUUCGUCAAAUUGAAUAUUUGAACAGACAGUACGACAGUGACGUGCCAUUGCUGUUGAUGAAUUCUUUCAACACUGACAAGGACACAGAACAUUUGAUUAAGAAAUACUCCGCUAACAGAAUCAGAAUCAGAUCUUUCAAUCAAUCCAGGUUCCCAAGAGUGUACAAGGAUUCUCUGUUGCCUGUCCCCACUGAAUACGAUUCUCCACUUGACGCUUGGUAUCCACCAGGUCACGGUGAUCUGUUUGAAUCUCUACACGUCUCUGGUGAACUGGAUGCCUUAAUUGCUCAAGGAAGAGAAGUAUUGUUUGUAUCUAACGGUGACAACUUGGGAGCUACCGUCGAUUUGAAGAUUUUGAACCACAUGAUCGAGACCGGUGCCGAAUACAUAAUGGAAUUAACCGAUAAGACCAGAGCCGAUGUUAAAGGUGGUACUUUGAUUUCGUAUGAUGGUCAAGUCCGUUUAUUGGAGGUCGCCCAAGUUCCAAAAGAGCACAUCGACGAAUUCAAAAACAUCAGAAAGUUUACCAAUUUCAACACGAAUAACUUAUGGAUUAACUUGAAAGCAGUCAAGAGGUUGAUCGAAUCGAGCAAUUUGGAAAUGGAAAUCAUUCCAAACCAAAAAACUAUAACAAGAGACGGACACGAAAUUAAUGUCUUACAACUGGAAACCGCUUGCGGUGCUGCCAUUAGACAUUUUGAUGGUGCUCACGGUGUUGUUGUUCCAAGAUCAAGAUUCUUGCCUGUCAAGACCUGUUCCGAUUUGUUGCUGGUUAAAUCAGAUCUAUUCCGUUUGGAGCACGGUUCUUUGAAGUUAGACCCAUCUCGUUUCGGUCCAAACCCAUUAAUCAAGUUGGGCUCACAUUUCAAAAAAGUUUCUGGUUUCAACGCAAGAAUUCCCCACAUCCCAAAAAUUGUCGAGUUAGACCAUUUGACCAUUACUGGUAACGUCUUUUUAGGUAAGGAUGUCACUCUAAGGGGUACCGUCAUCAUCGUUUGUUCCGACGGUCAUAAGAUCGAUAUUCCAAACGGCUCUAUAUUAGAAAACGUCGUUGUUACUGGUAAUUUGCAAAUCUUGGAGCAUUGA